AUGCUCAUAGAUGAUACAUACAAUGCAAGCUUUUGGAUAGGGAUAGGUGUGUCACUGAUCACCAACCUCAUUCAAGCCUUCGCCAUGGCAUUCCAACGCAAAUCUCAUAUUCUCAACGAUCACCUCUAUCCUCGAGAACUCAGAAAACCAGCCUAUCGACGACCACUUUGGCUCACAAGUUUUAUUGCAUACCUUGGCGCUAACAUUACUGGCACUGUAUUCUCUGUCGGAUAUCUACCCGUGGUCAUUUUGGCUCCUAUUGGCGCUAUCAAUCUCGUCUUUAAUGCCAUUGCUGCAAGAGUGGUGUUGGGUGACCCAUUCACUGUACGGAGUGUAGGCGGUACAUUACUUAUCAUUGUGGGUGCAUUGUUGGUGGGUCUAUUUGGUGUCAUUCAAGAACCCAAUCAUUCAUUGGAGGCAUUAUUGGCACUUUACAAACGACCGGCAUUUAUCAUUUAUUUCAGCAUCCUUGAAUCCUUUAUCCUGGUGACCAUGGUGACCACGCAUUUAUUGGAACACUUUUAUCACCAGUGGGAAGAGGAUAUGACCCCUGAUCAAAAACUCCUGGGCUCCUGGCUGAGCAUGGCGGAUCUCAAGGUGUAUAUCGGUAUCAGCUAUGGUGUCCUUGGAGGUAACAUUAGCAGCCAAAGCUUGCUAUUUGCCAAGAGCGGUCUGGAGCUGUUCAUCCUCACCAUCGUCUAUGGCGAAAACCAGUUACAGCAUGCAUGGACUUGGGGUUUGGUGGUCAUGACGGUUGUCACAGCUGCAUUACAGCUUUAUUACUUGAAUAAGGGUUUACGUUUAUGCGAUACAAUGAUCCUGAUCCCCCUCUCGUUUUGUGCAUUCAAUCUUUCUUGCUUGUUUAAUGGCCUGGUUUAUUAUAAUCAAUGGGACCUGCUACGUUGGUGGCAAUUGCUUUACGUGCUGCUAGGUGUCGCACUUACGGUAUCCGGUGUCCUUUGCCUGUCGUGGCGUUCAAGCUCACCUGCCAUCAGUCGCCAAGAGGAAAUCGUAGUCGAAAAUACUCCCGAAGGUUAUGGCACGAUCCCAACAUCACACAUGGACCACGAUCACCCAAAUAGACAAUCAUCAGAGACAUCUCCACUACUUUCAUCAUGA